AUGGGAUGGGGAGCAAAAUUGAAUCAUGUAAGCCUUUGCGGUCAAUGGUCUUUAGAAGAAGCAGCUUACCACUCCAACAAGAGGGAGAUGUUAGCAAUUUGGUGCGUCUUAAAAGAUCACGCUCCUGUCCUAAGGAAUUCGACUCUUUUAGUUCAGAGCGACAACAAAACGGUCAUAGCCUAUUUAAGGAACGAGGGCGGAACGAAAUCAGAUGCUUUAAUGAAUCUUUGUCGAAAAAUAUUCAGAAUUUUAGAUUGCGCGAAGAUACACAUAGAGUGUCACUACAUCCCAGGUCGUUACAACAGCGAAGCAGAUCACCUCUCGCGCAGUCUAGCGCGUCCCGAGUGGCAUCUCCUGCCAGAAAUAACCGAGAAAAUUUUUGCUUUAUGGGGAAUACCGACAAUAGAUUUAUUUGCUUCAGCCCGGGCUCACGUGCUCACGAUGACUCUAGAAGUUUGGAGAUGUGGGGGUGGUCUGAUAGCCUAA